CGGGGCGUCGUGUCAAUCACAACGACGAAAAAGUAAUCUGAAGGUUCUUUGUAUGAUUGUCUCUACUUGGCUGCACUUUUGUAAGUAACCAGGAGAGCUGCGGCACUAGCGGGUUCAGCUCGAUGAUGGUUUCCUCGUAAGAAGUACACCUCGUUUUAAGCCGAAACCCACCCGGCGUCGAUUUCGCAUGGUCGAGCAAGCAGCAAAGGUAGAGAUAUAGUACUAUGUUGGUGCCCGCUCCGCCGCCAUGUACAAGAACCCACCCAUUCGCCGGUCAUCCAGAUACAACCCAGUCUGCGGGCAGCUGGCGUGGGUAGCAGAGGCUGGUGGUAACGAGUGUUGUUCACGAGUCUGGAUUCUUUCAAACGUCGGACGGUAAAAGUACUUGUUAUUUCAGGGACCACAGUACUAGAGCGCACGGCACGGAGUCCGAGUUGCCGUGGCCGCGGGUGGUCGCAGUCCGCUUUGGGACGGGCACCUCGCCUUCGGCGCAGGACCUCCUGAAGCCCCCGAAUAAGUAAAACUCCUGUGCCGCGAGGAGCGAUCGAACUGGAUCUUGUCUGGUCUCGCUGCGGGAAGGGCAGGGGAAGAACGGCGGUUUAAUAUUCCCUACGAUUACAGCCACGAUGGUCGAAGAAGGCCCGUCCGUUCCCGCGUCGUCCUCGACCGUGGGAGGCAAUGCGAGAUUCAGCCCGUACCGGAAGCAGCUGCGGGAUUUUUUGUACCAGAUUUCAUGUUUUUACCAAUGCAUACUAGAAUCUUACAUGAUGUGCAUGUCAUACCCAUAAGCCACCCUGUUUCACGCAAUAUUGCGAAUGAAUAUUUGUUUUGCGAAAGUUGCGUGUCGUAAAUGAAUUCCGAGAACGUUAUCAUCCUCUUUCUCAGGGAGCAAACCCACGUGCGGCAGCUGAGCCAGGAGCGCAGCACGGUUGCGGUCAUUGACGAGCACGUGCCGUUUCACACCAUGCUAAACGCUGUUUUGGAAUUCGACCACCAUCAUAACUCCGCCUGGACUCCGCCGGACAGCUACCGGCAGAACGCAGAGGCAAUGUUUACUUUUCCCUUGAUGGUAGGUUAGAUGUUCUUGUCAGUACAUCAUCGCUACCUGUAGGACGGAACUAAUGCAGCCCUAUGUUGUAUUUCAGGGCUUGCAGGUUUUCUCCUACAGAAUCGAUCCAAAUUUUUCGCUCGCACCCCGAGUUUGUUCUACAGCAAAAGUCACGGAGCUAGUAGAAAAGGGAAUAUCAGUAGCUGCACGGGGUGGAAUUACUAAAGUACUUCGAAAAUGGAAAAGAAACAAAAAAGUUUUCAUCAUGAUACCCGUGGCAUGUCGCGAGGAGCAGACCAGCAGGCGGAAAGAGUUGUAUUUUUGAUUCACGUGUUGUGAACUGGGAUUUAUGCAGUACAAGUUUAGGCUAGAUACAGCUCCAGUUUUUUGCCUUUGACUGCGCCUAAACAACUACUUAACUUUGUUUCAGGUUUUAUGAUUUAUUUCAAGUAGACUCUUCACUGGAACCCACCACCGCAGGCUGCCUACCACCAGCAAUACGGGCUCGGGACGCCAAAUUUGUAUCUGCCAAGUGACGUGCUUUCGGAGGUGGCGUAUAUAUCCAACCAAGACAUCUUGAUAUCCAAUGUUGAAAGAACUCCGGUAUGUACAGUAGUAUGCCCAAUUAAAGCCAGUGGCAUGAUCCAUUGAUCUAGGCUGUACAACUACCCGGAAGUUCUUCUUCUGCAUAAAAACACGAAUUUAAUAUUUGUGGUGGCUUGUUACAACACUGAUGUGUACGACGUACGUGAUGAAAGUUGCGAAGAGCUCAAUCCCGAAGAACACAAGCUACAUAAACUUUUUGGGAAUACUAGUACGAAGGCCAAUUGGUCGUUUCCAUAUUCAACCUCAGGAGCGGGGUUGUAUCCCGGGAAAGACGGCCUGCAGCGGACCGAGUUAGACGGGUAUUUUAGUACUACUAGAAGUGCGCUUCAAGCAGAUUCUGGUUGUAGCAUUUAGCUGCUAGUAUUCCAGUCAUCGUACUGCUGCAAUGAUGAAAGCAGAAUCACAGAGCAUUGAUGAACUUCGACCUGCCUCCUUGUAGUGUGGAUAAAAUUGAUUGUUCUACUUCAUACGAGAAACUUUUUCUUUUUCACCCUCAACAAGAAAAGUCCGUUUUAAAAAAAAAAAUCAGCCCGAACGGAACGUCCCUGACCGUGGUAGAGGACGCGAGUGAAGUGAAAGCGCAGCACCCGUUGACUUUCGGCGAAUUGGCGUACUACAUGCGGGAGUUUGACGAGCGGCCCUAUUUGACCACGACCCACCUGCACGCGCUGCGAAACAGUCGCGCGGCGAACCGGAAGGCACGGAAGCAAAGCUCCACCUCGUCACCCUCCGGACCUAUGAGAAGUGGCGCGGCGAACAACAAGAAUGGAUCGACCGCCAGCUCCAGCAUCCGCGGCCACAGCAAAAGCGGAACGCCGGCGAGCUUGUCGAAGCAAAAUAGCAAGGACAGUGCGGGUGGAGGUACGUCGGGUUUACUACUUCCUAGUUACGUCCUCGCCGAACCCGACCGGGACCCGCUGAAGGUGAUCGACGAAGACGAGUACCUUUGGAGCGGCAACAACAGUUGUACGACCUCCGGAACUUCUUCUUUUCCGCAGCAGUUGAACGGUAGCACUUCUGCGGCGUCGUCAAAAAUCGGAGCAGACCACGGCAACAAAACCACUCUCGGUGGUCACGCGAAAAUGAUGAAAAGUAGUGUCAGCUCCGCAAGCUUGUCUUCGCAGAGCCGCAAGAACCUGCUGGUUUACAAGGCGCGGGGCACCAUGCGCCCGAUGCUUGACGUGGACGACCGGGAGGCCACGGUGCUGCGCGCGGUCGAGCUGCUACUCAAGUACCCCCGGCUGAACGCACUCCCCGUCGUCAACGCGGCCACGGUAUCAAAUGCAAAUAUGUCUGGGUCUGGAAACUUGUGAUGCUAAAAUGUGGAUAAUAGAAACAGUUCUGAAUGCAAGCCAGCAUGACAACUUUCCAGAACGCUUUGUCAUAGGCAAUCCGCGUGAGCAGCUGCGUUUUUACCUGCACAAAAGAGGCUGCGACUUUUGUUGGUUAUGCAAUACAGAAUUCCUAGGUAUGGAAAGCUAGCAGUACAACCUUCCAGACCCAGACAUAGAUAUUUGCAGUGCAUACACGGCGGCAGUGCAGUUCUACGUGACGCUGCGGCAAAUCUUGGCCUUCAUCGUGAUCCACGUGCGCGACGCGAGCCUGGAGCCCCUGUGCGAGAUCGCCGUCAAAGCGAGGUUUUGCAAGACACUAUCCGGAGCAGAAACGUCCCCACACCAGAGUCGAGAUGGGAAAUCUGCUAGACAAAUCACACAGCUUUGGUUGUUUGGCAUGAUAAGUUUGUCCUCGUAGUGUGGUUCUGUUUGGCUAGCUCAGAAGCAUCGCAGAUCUAGCACAGCAUGCUGAUCCUAGCAUCACAAAUACCAAAACACGAGCAGAAAAUGCUUCUCAUAGGGCUCCGCAUGAGAAACUUUUUUGGCAUGCAGAAUUGCAUGACAGCUCUGGGAUGGGGAUGUUUUUACACGGGAUAGACGCUCCACUACCGCUACGUCGGGGAGGAAAGCGGCGGCGACCAGUAUCGCAAGAGAAAAAAGCGAUGUGUGUCACUGGACGAAAGUCAUACUCGAGUUGAGUAAAAUUAUAUGCAAGAGCACACAACUAGAAAUGCAAGAGCGGAUACUAUCUUCUAUGUUUUCCCAACCCGGUUGGUUACCUGCACGCAUCUGUGAAGGAUGUCCUUGUCACGCGGGUCCUCCAAAAUCAUCACAGUGACACACUUUUUUCGUACGAUACGCCGGCCGGAAAUCUGAAUCGGGGGGAUCAUGUAAGCACAACAGGAUAAGGACCUAAGCUUUUAACGAAAAAUUGUAGCUGCAUCUAUGAUGUCUAUCAAAACGUGUUAUAGAUUUUAAAAAUCCUUCAAUCUCUCGUCGUGGCAUACCCGCACGCGUCCUCUCAGGCGCAGCUCGCCAGCACGUCCACCGCUACCAGCACGCCCGCAGCAAAGGUGGUGCCCGACCCCAGUUUGGACGGCAUUUCGCGCAACACCUCGGCUAGUUUGUACGGCGAGGCCGCGACGAGCAGCAAAACAGCACCUGCUCCCGGGUUUGUGGACAACAACGCCAAAAAUGUUCCGGAGAACGCGAAAAUCCUGUACGACACCACAGCGCCAAAGACGAGUGUGGUUCCCGGCUGCCACUGGCGCACGCAAGUCGUGAAGGACAGCGAGGGGGGAAGUGGAACGGCUAAGCACACCGCAGCGCCGCGCGCGUCCUCUAGUACCCUCGCGGGCCAGCAGCAGCAACAGGCGGGCGGGGCGACCAGCUCGAGCGGACCGGCGGCGCACCAGCAUGUUGUGCAAAAGGAGGCUGGUGCUGCGUCGGCCGAGCUGGGGAUCGGUUCCUCGGGGGUCGUGGAGUUAGGGAAUAAUCAGGACAAAAUAUUGUGAGGAAAAAUGCCCCCACUGCAGAACUUGGGAGCAUUUGUAUUGCAAACCUUUCCAAUUGAAGCACUCGCCCGCUUGCAUGUGUCAGCAUCAGAGAUUUCCAAUCGUGAAUAGCAAAAAACUGUGUUGCAAAAGAUCCCAGCAAGAGCGGCGCUUGUCAUGCAAGCGAUGCUGUAUGCAAGCGCCGCUGUAUGCGACUAGACUCUGCAUGAGAAAGAUUCAGACUCCUUUUAUGCAUGACAAACGGUUUUCAUUUGGAAGCUUCGCGUCACGAAUUAUUGCAACUUUCGGGGUGGGGGCGUUUUUCACUGUAAUACAAAAUCGAAAAGGACAGCGAGACCACCAGUCCCACGGCCACGGAGGAAACGGCGGAGACGGUAUUUGGUUUAUUUGUGGGUCUAUUUCACGACAAUUCUUCACGGUACUAUUUUUAGAUUUUCUAGACGCAAGUUAUGGUCGUUCACAGGCGGCACAACUACAGGCGCGAUGAGCGAGCGGAUUCGUUUUAUUGAAGUCCGUGCAGCAAUAAAUUCUGAAAAUUCAUCAGACGACCACUGCGGCGUCCACCAGUAAAGAGGAGCUCAUGCCCGGGGGCGGAAGUGGAAGUGCAGCUACGAAUCCGGGCAACAAGUCCUCCUCCACGAGCAGCCCGAUGAAACAAGCGGCACCACUCCCCAACAGUGGCAGCAGUCCCUCUAGUGGUAAUACUCUUCAUCUCGAGGACAAAAGCCUGCAGUCGUCUGCGACCUACACCGUAAUCCGCGACAGCACGCCCUUUCGCCACCUGAUGACCUUUUUCUACGAGGAGCACUACUCGUCCAUUCCCAUCAUCGACCGGCAGACGGAGGUGAUGCUGGGCUCCAUUUCGCGGCGGCAGGUUAUUGAGAGGAAAAAUCCCCCCUCCCCAUAUCGAGAAGGCAUGCUUUCGAAAAUUUGUCUUGCUGAUUUGAGACCACAAAUCAUGUCUGUCUUGCAAGAAGACAAAUGCAGAGGCUUCCCUGCCAUCAUGGGAGCGGUUUAGCAUGCUGUUGGGCCUAGAGGGCAGCCGUUCGUAAUGCUAAGCAACUAGACCAAAACGUCCCUCCCUAGGCUGCGGAUCUGGCUGCGAUGCGGUAUUGCAAGACAGCGCGCAUUUCUGUACGCAAAUCCUGCAUCACAGAUUUCCCAUUUGAUAUGGGGUGGGGGGAUUUUUCCUUUUGAUACAGGUGCUGCAGUACUUCGACGUCUGUUUCCAGAUGGCGCUCGACGGUUUGCUGUUGCCAGAGCACCGGUUGCGCAUCGACAUGGAGCAAUCCGUGGGCGAGGUCUUUCGUCAAAUUGAGCUGUUGUCGUGGAGUAUGGUGCAAUACAAGUCCGCCGAGUGCCGCAUCCCCGUCCCGCCCGUGGUGAACCCGCCCGGCGGGCGUCCGCCCCUCACGCUGGGCUACUUCCCGCAGGGAGGCGGGGGUACUAUUCCAGAAAGGAACAGUAACUACAACGCCGGUGGUGCUGGAACAACAUUGUCAACACCAGGAGCUGGUGCAUCGUCUUCUUCUUCGCAAGAUCCUUCCUUCGGCAAUAAAUCUGAGCAACAUCAGCCCGGGCAGCUGAACGGCAGCGCAGCCGCAGUUGUCGCCGCCGUGCAACAAAAUAGAAAUACCAUGCCGAACAACAUCAACCAGCCCCCACAUCAGCUCACCCCCCUCGAGCAGCAGGCGGUUCUUCUCGGGGGCGAUCCCAGCACGCUCGGCGCGGCGGCGGGAGGAACAUCAAACUUUGAACAAAAUAAUCCACCGGUCGCCAUGCCGGCGGGGGUUCUCGUCGCGGCCCGCGGCCCCUCGACGACCGGAGACCUGCUGACUUCGCGGAUGCCGGGAACCAGCUGGUCCUACCGCCCCGUCACCUCCCUGAAAGACGCACUGCAACUGUAUCCGAUGCGUUUCGAUGAAAUCUUGCGUCAAGUUUCUAGAGGAUUUGUCUGACAGUCGUGCAAGAGGCGAAGAUGAGCCUAUGCAAGACGUCAUUACCCACCGACGGUAGAGGGUUGUGUUAGUAAAAUUAUAGUUAUACCAAAAUGAAGGUUACUUGUUCGGUGGCGCGGAAGACGCGGAACAGAAUUCAAUUCUGUUCCGCGUCUUCAGAUAUCACUUUAGACAUGAUCGUAAUAAGAUUUCAGCUAUCAAAUGCAAAAAUGUCUGGGUCUGGAAGAUUUCUAGACUUGUCAUGCAUAUUUUCCAUGAGUCAUGAUGUCUGUGAUGCAUGCCGUAGCAUCACAGAUCUUUAGAGGGCUUUGUGAUACCUCUACCGCAUGAGAAAUGCGCUCUCCACGUAGGACAAACCCGACCCCUCUUGCUGGUCAUGCACAGUUUUUUUUUGAAUCCACAGACAGCAUCACAAGUUGUGACCUUCCAGACCCAGACAUUUAUUUUUGCAUUUCAUAUCAGCAGCAUGCCGUUGUAGCGUUCGACACCGGCGGAACCUGCCAUUUCCUCGACUAUGGCCUGCUCAAGCGUUACAACCUCAAACGUUACAACAGAAUCUGGAAUUUGUAUUGCAUGAAAAGCAUGAGGAACGCAGAAAGAAUUGAGCUUUUCGCAAUACAAAUUUUGCCGGAUUUCAGGUGGGUUUGGGACUCCGAAACUUGUCAUGCGCAAUCCUAUAGGUGUAGGCUAAAUCACGCACUUCUUGCAUCACAGAUUUCCAGAUUCUAUUGUGACAGUUGAGAUUGUAACGUCUGAGCGGGUCAUAUCCACCGCGAAGGGGUUUUGACGCGCAUCUUUACAGCGGGCGACGCGCUGCAGAUGCUGCUUUACGACGAGGAAGAGGUGCUCCCGGUUGGGGGGAUGGGCCAAUUAUAGAGUGCUUGAUGCACAACUUUGAUCCACGUGGAAAACUACAACUAUCCCGUAGUCUGUCUACUUCCACACAGGAAUAAAAUGAACAUCAAAACAAAAAUCGUAUUUAAGAAUUCACUCAGAAAAAAAGAGAAACCUAAAGAUGAGCGAAUGAUAGAUAGUAGUAUUAGUAGGAGUGCCUGAAUUCUUCUUAAAGCCUUGUCUAGUACUUUGCCUUGGCGCAAUUAUACUCAAAAUUCUGCAAACGUCUACUUUUUGGUGUACGAGAAUACAGUUGGUAACAACUCACCGAAGAUUGUAUACGGAUUUGCAAAAGCUCAAAUAAAAGUGUACACUAGUAUCAGGAGCAGGCGAUCAGAAAGAAGUAGGUGUAUUUGAUAUUUGGUCAGCAAGACGAAUACUUCUCGUGCUGCCACUACCUUCUACUGCGGGAUACUCAACAUUCUUCUUCACUACAAGUGCAGUAAAAUUCUUUGACAGUAUGAAUAUCCUCCUGUGCCUGCGUGGGCAGGCUGCGAAUA